AAUUUCUGGAGUUGAAUAAUAUGGAGUUAAACAAAAAGAGUGUUAAGUGUUAGAUUUUUGAGUUUAUUUUCUAAAUUAGACUACAGGUUUUGUACAGGGAUACUCUUUGAUGGUGUUAUAUUUCGGUGUUCAUUCAUUGGGUGUUGAGGAACGUGAUUCAACUAGCCAACUGGUGUUGAUUCAUAACGCACAUUCACGUUACAGCUUUGUUGCUGCCACGCCGAACAGCCUUCACUUGGACUUCGUUGUGAGGCAGAUUACUUUUAAGCUGUAGAGUGUACGGCUAAGGACGAUAACGGCCCUGUCCUACACUGAAGGAAUGACUUUACCUAGCUACGCUGAAGGAAUAAAACAGUGGCCAAGAUGUUGAUAAAGGUAAAAUGCGGAGGGACAAAGAAAUAUGUUAAAAUGGAAGACGUCAGCUUCUCAGACUUUAUCAGUGCAGUUCAGCAGAAGUUUCUCAUACCAGAAAGUACACCACUAAAAGUCACAGAUGAGCAAGGCAUAGAGGUGGACGAGGAUGUCUUUCCAGAACUUGCAACAGCCAAAGAAAUAUGUUUUGUCAUCUACAGUGAAAAUGAGAUCCCACUAUUAGAAUCUUUCACAAACACAACUAACUGUGCCGAUCUGACAGAAUUUGUGACACUUACACCUUGCGAUGUUCCUGUCCUGCAGCAAGAAAGGGAAGGGCCUUCCUCUCCAAGUUUAACAGAUACAUUGUCAAUCUCAAGCAGUCUAAGUAGUGACACAAGUGAUGCUGGAUUUCAAAUGAUUCAACCUGUCAUGGAAUUUACCCGUGCAAGAAAUACUGUGGAGCAGAUUCUCACUUCCAAGCCUGCAGGGAUGACUGUGAUCAAAGAGUAUGAAGAGACUAGGAGUUUGAAAGAUUCCACCAGGCAAUUAUUGGUGAACAUCAUUGUAGCUCACAUGCAUGAAAAGGAAGGGAGAGCUGUAAGUAAAGCAACAAAGGAGUUUCAUGCCUUUGGGAUUGUGUCGCUCUUCCCAUUUUUGAAAGACCCAUACUCAAAAAAGGGAUAUGAACAUUUCUAUGACAUGCAAAGCAACAAAGGCUUUCUUGAGUGGCGUAUAAAAACUGCGCAGCGUCAAUCCAAAACCUCAUCUGCAUCCCGUAACAGAGUGGAGCUGAAAGGAGGUCCCACAUCGUCAAGAACAUCUGGAUCCAUAGAUGACCAGCAAACAGGAGAUGAAUGUAUGGAGGCCAUGUCUCUUCUUCACCACAUCACUGACCGUGACUUUGUCUUCCAGAAGAUGAAAGAAACAUUCCAUUAUCGGCAAAAGAUGCUCCAUGACCCACAGCAAUCGGCAGACAUACUUCAAAUGUUUCCUCGUUUCUUGGACACUAAAGGACUGAUUUUGCAAGACUUCUUGAUGAUGUUUGGAUCAGAGACUGCUUCCAGGUUCCUGGAAAAAUGGAACACCAGUUUUAAAGACAAAGUCAUUCAAGAGGCCAGGACCGUCAGAGAGACGUCUCUCCUGAAAAAACAGCUGAAAUCUGCCCUGAAUGAAGAAUCUGACACUGCUGAUGAGCCAGAGUGGGACAGCGACAUGGCAUCUCUUCUUGUAUUGCUCCAUCUGCUAACUCCUCAACCAGCUGGAAGGAAGCGGCCCAAAAAGAUCAGUGUUGGAGAGGCAACUGAUCAUUUGGUUAAAUUUCACAAGUCUUGCCACAGCCUUGAAGAACAUCUCAUGACGAUCGAAGGAAACCCCCAACCGUAUCUGCUGGCCACGGGGACUUCAAAAGCACAGGUUUUCACCUUCUACAUAGUCUUGGAUAGAAAGCUUCUUCCAUGUCAGUCUUCUACAUCUCUGGGCGCAUUUGAUGAGCUGUUCAAGUCCCAUUUUGUUUUCAGUGUGCAAUAUGAUGAUGCUCUGUCAAGCUUGUACAGAUUCCUGCAGACUACUCUGUACAAUAUCGAUAUAGGGACAACAGAAGAAACUCCAAGAGUCAAAGAGUUAAGAGCAAAGCUGUUAAACAAGCACUAAUUUGCUAAAGCAGCAAACAUGUUCAGAUGUAUCCUUUGUGCGUCAUCCUUUGAUACAGUUUUACUUCUGUUCAGGCAUCUCAAACUAAUUCAUGCAAUGUAUUCUGGGAAAAAUUUGAGACUAAAAUUUGGUCAAAUAGGAUGUUGCUUGCAAUUUUCAAGUUAUUCUGGAUUUAGAAGACAUCUAAUUAAGAUACAUGAUCCUACUGACAACACAUGUGUACCUCAUGAAACCCCUUCCAACUAUGACACUCAAAUGCACAAUCAUUCUCAGUGCUUAAAUGAUGAAACACCCUCUACUUCAUCACAAUGCCAAAAUGUUGAAGCAGGCCCUUCACUGUCAACUCACAGCAAAGAUAUGUGUGCCUCCAUCAUAGGCAAACUUUUGGGAAGCGGUGUACCCAAUACUGUAAUUCUUUCUACAAUUGAAAAUUUACAGGAAUUUGUGGAAGAUUUGCAGUCUAAUAUUCAGGACCAAGUAUUGAACUUACUUCCAGCUGACAAUCCCUCCAGAUCAGCCGUAGAAGAGCUUUUUAAAAGUAUGGACAACCCUUUUAGCCAGUUGAAUACGGAUAGCAAAUGGAAGAAGUAUUUCAGGGAAAAAUGGGAUAUUGAACAGCCAGUUGAACAGCGCCUAGGAGUAAGGUAUGAUAUCAGACGAAAUAGCAAAACUGGAACCUAUGAGCAAGUUCCAAUCAAUGACAAGUUCAUAUAUAUUCCCAUACUGAAAACACUCCAGUUCAUUUUCAAGAAUGACAGUAUUUGUGAGAUGAUGCAAACAUGUACUCAGUGUGAUAAAUAUGAGGACUUCUGUGAUGGAAGCUACUUCAAAAGUCAUCCUUUGUUUUCGAGUAGUAAGUUUGCCCUUCAAAUCCAACUGUACUAUGAUGACUUUGAGUGUGCAAAUCCACUAGGUUCAAAAAAAGGUAUACAUAAAGUUGGCUGCUUUUACUUUAUCCUUAGAAAUCUUCCCCCCAGGGUGAAUUCUGCCUUAAUGAACAUUCAUCUUGUGUCAUUGUUUCAUGCACAAGAUGCUAAGAAAUACGGAAUUGAUGAAAUACUGCGACCCUUAGUAAAGGACUUGAAAAUAUUAGAGACUACUGGGGUUGCAGUACCAUUUGCUGAUGUUUCUGUAUGUGGCACUCUUGCACAAAUUACUGGUGAUAACUUGGGUAUGCAUACCAUUCUUGGGUUCUUGGAGUCAUUUAGUGCAAAUUAUUUCUGUAGAUUUUGCUUAAUUGAUAAAUCUUCAGCUCAGUCAAUUUUCUCAGAAGAUGACCCAAGUUUGACUUUAAGAUCACCAGUUCUGAAUGAUCAGCAUUAUAUGAGUUUGGUAGAUGAUCAGACAUUAACUUCUUCAUUUGGCAUCAAGAGAAAGAGCAUACUUAAUACAUUGAAAUAUUUCAAUGUUGCAGAAAAUUAUGCAGUUGACAUAAUGCAUGAUAUUUUGGAAGGGGUUAGUCAAUAUGAGGUGAAGUUGCUAUUUCUUUAUUUGACUGAACAUUUCAUCUCUAAGGAAAGCUUGUUAAAUAGGAUGUAUGCCUUUAACUAUGGCUAUCUGGAAAAGAAAAACAAGCCUACAAAUAUUAACCUUGACUCUGCAGGACAUGGAAUAGGGUUAAAUGCAUCACAAACACUGGUUUGAUCACAAACAUACUGUACCUUUGAUAUUUGGUGACCUGGUACCAGAGGAUGAUUUGCACUGGCACUUGUUGCUGUUGUUGCUGAACAUUAUAAACAUUGUGUUCUCAUACUCAAUCACUGAAGGAAUGACUGUGUACUUAAAGUACCUGAUUAUUGAAAAUCACAAACUCUUCAAAGAACUGUAUCCAUCAAAGAACUUGUUACCAAAACAUCAUUUCAUGGUCCACUAUCCAAGGUGCAUUCGAAAAAUUGGACCACUCAUUCAUAUCUGGACUAUGAGAUUCGAAGCCAAACACAAAUUUUUCAAAGAUUGUGUGAAGAACUUUAAGAAUUUGACAGUGUCACUUGCAAAGAAACACCAAUUUGCAGUAGCUUAUCAUUGGGAAUGCUUAACUUCAAAAGCGGUUGAAUCUGGUCCAGUCAAACUGUGUUUACUUGAGACACUAGAAUAUGCAGAAGAGAUAUCUGCAUAUCUGCACAUUGAUGCACAAGCCACUGUCAACCUCACAAACUGGGUAAAUUGUGGAGUUGAAUAUCGUGUUGGCCUCUUUGUUUGCACAAGCACUGAUGAAAACAUGCCAGUGUUCAGUAAAUUAACCUCUAUCAUUUUGCACAGUGGGAAAGUUGUUUUUGUUUUGGUUGAACAUGAAACUUGUUUCCAUGACCAUUUCCACUCUUUCCAAAUAAGUGAAAGCAUCCAUAGGAAGGUUUUGGUUCUAGAAAGGGAUAGAUUAAAGCAUUUCAAAUCAUUUGAUGCCCAAAUGUCCUAUGGGUGUGAUUCACAUUUUUAUGUUGUUUUAGAAAGUUGUAUUGUUUAAGUGAAUGUUUGCUGAAACAUUUUUUCACACUGUGAGUAAAGAAAGCACUUCUAUUCAAAAUAUAACUUGUAGCAUGGACUGUUAAACACUGUAUGGAUUUGUCAAUACAAAUAAAUAUUUGUAGUAAUAAUGGUAUAUUGCCCAAAUGUCCUAUGGGUGUGAUUCACAUUGUAUGUUGUUAUAGAAAGUUGUAUUGUUGAAGUGAAUGUUUGCUGAAAAAAAAAUGUUCAUGCUGUGAGUAAAUAAGGCACUUCUAUUCAAAAUAUAACUUGUUACGUAAGUAAGUAUCCAAGCAUGGAUUGU